UACAGUAGCCUUGAUUGUUUAGUUUUUGAUUACAGUCUAUCAACAACAACUAUGUCUUUAUAUACCACACCUAAACUAUGUUUUGCCUUUUUAUUGUAAAUAAAAUAGUUACAAAAACAAACAGCAAAGCAUUUUGAGCGGGAAAUACAGUCAGUCUCCACUUUCCGCUUGUUUGAACACAGGAGGCGCGCUGUGAUUGGCCAGCAGCCACGCAUCAGCCAAUCACAAGCCGCUGCGUCUCAACGGCUGGAACUCGUGGGCGAGAAACGCUUUAAAAGAGGCCCGACAGCCAUGCAGCGGCGUAUUCAGCUUAUAGAUCACUAAGCAGAAGCAGCAAUGGCCAGAACCAAGCAGACCGCCCGUAAAUCCACCGGAGGCAAAGCCCCCAGGAAGCAGCUCGCCACUAAGGCUGCCCGCAAGAGCGCCCCGGCUACCGGUGGAGUGAAAAAGCCUCACCGUUAUAGGCCUGGUACCGUGGCUCUUAGAGAGAUCCGCCGCUACCAGAAGUCCACCGAGUUGCUGAUCCGCAAGCUGCCUUUCCAGCGUCUGGUGCGAGAAAUCGCUCAGGACUUCAAGACUGACCUGCGCUUCCAGAGCUCCGCCGUCAUGGCCCUGCAGGAGUCCAGCGAGGCUUAUCUGGUCGGCCUUUUCGAGGACACAAACCUGUGCGCCAUCCACGCCAAGAGGGUCACCAUCAUGCCCAAGGACAUCCAGCUGGCCCGCCGCAUCCGCGGAGAGCGCGCUUAAACUACAGUUGUCCGACACACGUCAAACCCCAAAGGCUCUUUUCAGAGCCACUCAAUUUACACAAAACGAGAGAAUUUCUUUUAUAUUUAGUAGUUUAAUUUACAUUGACAUUCGAAAGUGUGUUGUGAGAAAUUAAAUUUGAUUACAAGAAUUUUAAUUAUAGUAAUGUUUUAAUCCCAUAUGCCAAGCGGUUUUAAAUGAGAAGCAAGCUGAACCGCUCUAAAUAGUAGCUAGAAACAGUAGUCCAAGCUUUAGAUGCUUCGCUUCUUUCUAAAGUCUAUGGGUGUCUUGAUUAAGAUUUUAUAUAUAAUUAAAUAUUUAAUAUAUUAAAAAUAAUAAAUGGAAAUGCAUCAAUUGUGGCAACAAGUCACUUGCAGCCUGCUAACGAACACUUACUGUCACAAGAAUUGAUUCACAAUACAAAAAAAAAAAGUUUACAGAAGCUUCUAUUUAUAAACUUGACGCAUUACAUGAAGAUAAGUGAACGAAGCAAUAAGUAAAUUACUUAAUGAAUGAAUAAGUACAUCAUUUCCUGAUUAGCAGAUUUAGGUAUUACAUUUACAUAAAAAUAAAAAAAAACAUGGAUGUAAAAUGAUAUUCAUCAGAUAAACAAGGAAUUUUUUUCCCAGAGAUGGGUUGCAGCUCGAAGGGCAUC